UUUUUAUUGAUUUAUUAGAGAAAUUUAAUUUAUUCGUUGAAAAAGGGAUUUAAAACUUUUCACUAAUUUGGAUUUAGAGUGCGUAUAUAGACAUAGAAAAAAAAUUUACAGUUUGUCAAGAAAUAUAAUAUAUUAUUCUUGUGUAAAACAUAUUAACCAAUCGCUAAAGUUUUCCCACUUAGUAGAACUAUUGUCGAAAUUUGGUAAAUGGGGAAGUUUAUAUAAAAUUUUUUACACGAUUCAAAAUUUUUUAGUCAUUAGACACAUUAAUUUGAUCAACAUUUGCUCUCUGUACAUAUUUGUUUAACAUAUCAAGUGAAGUUUCUUCAUCCAGUCAAAAUGAAUUUAGAUUUCUUGCUCUAUUAUUUAUCCAUCACAAUCAUUAUUACACAUGGAGCAAUAAAUGCCUUUACACACACAAAUAAUUUUAUAACUUUCGCUGCCAACAAAUUUAGUGCUAAAUUUUACGAAUUAGCUGCAGAAAAUGUUAGUGAAAAUAUUAUCGUUAGUCCUAUUAGCACACUUUUGACCUUAACUGAUGCAAUGAAAGAUAAUUCUCAGGAAGUUCUAGAGGAUUUUCGAAAUGCUCUUAAUUUAACAAAUAUUGAUGAUGUAUUUGAUAAAUACAGAGUUCUCAAGGAUAAAGUAUCGAAUCUACCAUAUACAGACCAGAAUCAAUUGUCUAAUUCUUUAACACGUGGAGGACCUUCUAACACUGUCAAUGCUAUAAGUUUUCUUGAUAUUUUUGAUAACGAACAUGUAACUGACAGUCCUCGUAGAAAUAAUAAUGUAAGAAGAGAUUUAUCAAGACAACGAAUGAUGUUCAGCAAUAAUAUUGAUAUAAAUGAUAGAUGGCAAGAAAAGUUUUCCACAUAUAGUACAAGUCGCAAAGCAUUUUAUUCAGAGAAUACGAUUUAUAUUACGGACAUGAUGAGUACAGAAAGUUAUUUUUCAUUUGGACGAGUUCCUAACGUAAGAGCUUCCUGUCUAAAACUUCGAUUUCAGGAUGGAAGAUAUUCUAUGCUAAUUGUCCUUCCUGAUGACAGAAAUCAUCUGAGAAACGUAGAACGUAAACUUGCACAACUAUCCCUUAGAGAGAUAACACGCGAUAAUCGAAUGACUCAUGUUGAAUUAGAUCUGCCUAAAUUUAGCAUUUCUUAUCAAACAGAUCCAAAAAAUAUUUUAAAAAUGCUAGGGUUCAAUCAUGUAUUCAGCGAUAACAUACAGUCCAAUAAUAAUAAAACUGUUAAUAUUAAUGUUCUAAGCAAUUCCCAAAUGAACAUUAAUGAGGGUACUGUAGAUGAUAAUGAUUAUUAUUCUUUUGUUCCUGUUACACUAUCUAAUGGAGUACGCUUCAAUGUUAAUCAUCCGUUUCACUUUAAAAUAAUCAAGACAAUUAAUGAAACCGAAGAAAUGGUUAUGUUUGUUGGACAUGUUACAAAAGUAUAGCCAAUGGCAUCAUUUCUUUUAAUAAUUAUUAAUCAUUUAUUUAUAUUGUUAUUGUUACUUCAUUAAUGUGAAUUUACUCAGCUUCUCUAUCGCUUAAAAAUGUAAUUUUAAUUCGCAUGUCAUUUAUAAUUAAUAAAUAGAUUUAUAAUAAUUAAA